CCCCCCCCCCCCGUCUCUCUCUCUCUCUCUCUCUCUCUCUUCAUCUUCUCUCCGAAAGCGGAGACCUUGCCAACCGCCUCUCUCUCCCUCCCUCUCCGCGCUUGUCUCGCGACGCUGAGCCACAAAGUGGACCGUCAGGCGCACGGCAGAGGCACCUCGCCGCUUCAGGGUGAAGAUGUACGGCGGUCUGUGCGCCCGUAAGCUGGCUCGCCGGUCGCGGUCAGCGUUAAUCGCCGCGCUGACUGUGCUGCUGGUCCAAACGCUCAUCGUGUGGAACUUCAGCAGUCUGGACACCGGAGAAGAGCGAAAAGACAACGGCAGAGAGAAGAGGGACCGGAUCGGCAUCAACAACGCCUACAGCGAGUACCAGAAGAGCGGCGUCCAGAGGAGGCAUCAGCAGCCGCCGCUGGGGAGAGCGUCCAAUCGACACAAACAGCAACCGGACGGCUACUACUCGCAUCGGCCCAAGGAGAAAGUCCGCGUGGACAGCAACAACGAGAACUCCGUUCCCAAAGACUUUGAGAAUAUAGACAACAGUAAUUUCGUGGCGCGUUCACAGACUCAGAGACAUGCACCCGGCAAGCACAAACAAGGCCUUCUGGAGAAGGCGCAUGCGCAGCAAAGCCUGAGCAAGAACUCCAACGAGGUCAUUCAGUAUGCACAGAACAAAGGUGGCUUCAAUCAUACGCGCACCGACCUUCAGCGGAGGGCCAAUCCCACCCUCAGUCCACAGCAGUCCCUGCAGCACCGGCACCAUCUUCAGCAGGCCAAGCGAUUGGCCACACCCACCGCCAACAUCAAGUAUGAUCAGCCGCCCAAAUGCGAGAUCAGUGGCAAAGAGGCGAUCUCCGCCCUUUCUCGCACCAAGACCAAGGAGUGCCGGCAGCAGAUAGCAGAGGUUUACUGCCGCCACAAAGAACGCCAGCUCAUGCCCGAGAAGGUCACCCGUUACUGCCCUGUAGAGGGCAAAGUGAAUAUGAAUGUGCAGUGGGAGGACGACUCUAUGGAGACUGUGCCUGUGGUACCAGUGCGAAUAGCCUUCAUGUUGGUGGUCCACGGACGGGCCUCACGCCAGGUGCAGCGUCUCUUCAAGGCCAUAUACCACUCGUCCCAUUUCUACUACAUCCAUGUGGACCAGCGAUCCAACUACCUGCACAGGCAGAUGGUGGCUCUGGCUCGCCAGUAUCCCAACGUCCGGGUCACACCGUGGCGCAUGUCUACAAUAUGGGGCGGUGCCAGUCUGCUUACCAUGUAUCUGCAGAGCAUGAAGGACCUGCUGGCCAUGCGAGAUUGGUCCUGGGAUUUCUUCAUCAACCUGAGUGCUGCUGAUUACCCAAUCAGGACCAAUGAUCAGCUGGUGGCCUUCCUGUCCAAAUACAGAGAUAUGAAUUUCAUCAAGUCCCACGGGAGAGAUAACGCUCGAUUCAUCAGAAAACAAGGUUUGGACCGGCUUUUCUUCGAGUGUGACACCCAUAUGUGGAGACUUGGAGACAGGAAAAUUCCAGAAGGCAUAUCUGUGGAUGGAGGCUCUGACUGGUUUCUGCUCAACCGAAUGUUCGUGGAGUACGUCAUCAACACUCAAGAUGACCUUGUGACCAACAUGAAACGUUUCUACACGUACACACUCUUACCUGCAGAGUCGUUCUUCCACACAGUUCUGGAGAACAGCCCGCACUGCGAGAGCAUGGUGGACAACAACCUCCGCAUCACCAACUGGAAUCGAAAGCUGGGCUGCAAGUGUCAAUACAAGCACAUCGUGGACUGGUGCGGCUGCUCGCCGAACGACUUCAAGCCCUCCGACCUGCCCCGUUUCCAGCAAACCACCAGGCCCAUAUUCUUCGCAAGGAAGUUUGAAGCCAGUGUAAAUCAAGAGAUAGUGAAUCAGCUGGAUGCCUUCCUGUUCGGGAGUAUGCCCCAGGGCACGCCGGGUCUCAAGGCCUACUGGGAGAAUGUUUUUGAUGAAGAGGAUGGUAUUCACAGCCUGUCCGACGCGCAUCUCACUCACUAUCAUGCCUUCGCCCGAUUGGGUCUGGCACGGACUACCAACUCGUUACAGGGUGACAACAGCUGCAGGUAUUUUGCCAUGGGACAUCCUGUGUCUGUCCACAUCUACUUCCUGUCUGAUGAGUUCCAGGGAUACCUGGUCAGACAUCAUGCCACCAACCUGGCAACCAGCAAACUGGAAACCCUGGAGACCUGGGUUAUGCCCAAGCAGUUCUUCAGGUUCACCUAUCCACCCAAUACCUUCAACAGACUGCAGUUUGCAGAGAUUGGAACAGACUGGGAUGCUAAGGAAAGGAUAUUCCGGAACUUUGGGAAUCUGAUGGGACCCAUGGCCGAGCCUGUGGGGAUGCAGAAAUGGGGGAAAGGGUCAAAUGUGACCAUGACUGUGGUGUGGAUUGACCCCACCAAUGUCAUCGCUGCCACCUACGACAUCCUGAUCGACGCCAGUGCUGAGUUCACUCACUACAGGCCUCCGCUGAACCUGCCCCUGCGGCCCGGCAUGUGGACCGUACGUGUGCUGCACCACUGGAGCCCUGUGGCAGAGACGCGCUUUCUCAUCACUCCCCUUACCCACCACAAACACCUGCCUAUACGCCAAGAGGAUGCUUUAAGAACGCACAACGGGCCGGCCAAGAACAGCUACAUGGAGCAGAGCUUCCACGGCCUGAACCCCAUCCUCAACAUCCCGGUACACCUGGGUCAGGUCGAAGCGGCCGAACACAACGCAGAGCUUACGGGGUCCGAGCUGGAGCGCUGGGUGGACAGUCUCGUGGGCGAGGUGUGGUCAGCUGUGGACGUGUGUUCAACGGGCCCCAGUGGCUGUCCAGUCAUGCAGACUUGCAGGGAAACGGUGUGGAGCUCUCUCAGCCCGGACCCAAAGUCCCAGCUGGGCCCACCCAAAACCAACGGACGAAUCAGGUAGCAGCAUUCACUGCCCUGAAGACUCGCCUUGUUUCAUUUCUUAGGCCAUUUUGUUUUUAUUAUUUAUUUUCCAGCAUUGCUCAUGUGAAUAUGAGCAAAACGGCCCUCUCUCAAACGCAAGGCACGGGGCCUCGAAAGUGUACACUGGGAAGUUUCUGAUGAUUUUUGUUUUUUAAAUGUGUGCUCUCUCAAACUCUUGAGUGCUCUAGUGAUGUGAGUGCUGUCAGGCUUCUCUAUAUUUAAUUUAUUUUGAUUACUGUGAUUGAAUCUUUGUCAACUGGAAGCAGCAGGUGAUGCCUAAAUGUAGGUGUUACAGCUGAAUGCUGGGAUUUGGGAUAUUAAGCACAGAAUGGACCUUAACACUGGUUGUAAGACCAAAAGGUAGGUUUGUAUAGUAAGCCUCUGUAUUUAAAAACAAACACCCUUGCACCUAAAAUAAAUGAUAGGAGCGUUUUUCAACCUAUACCUUAUUAAAACCAAUGUUUCAGAUCGUAUAUAACUGUCUGUAGCACAACAUUGUGUGUUUCUUUAGUUUUUAGAAAAAUAGUUCAAUUUUUACAAGGCUUUCACUGGAUCAAAUGCAGUCAAACAGGCAUUUAAAGCCUUCAAACUCCCCUAAUAAAGUCUCCUGUUUAGUUUGAAUAAGUUAUUGGUUGAAAAACAUCUGGUUUUAAUAAAACUUAGCUUUUGACAAGUAAAAGAGAUCCAGUGUCGUGCAAGAUGCCAACCUCCACAGAAUUCUAUGACCUUUGGAGGCAAAGAGGUAGCAGUUAGUUAGUCUGUUCAAAAAUGUAUCACUCUUCUGUAUAAUCAAAAUGGCCUUUUUGGUUAUACUUUUGUAGCAAUGGUAGCUACAAACAAUAAAAAGGACAAAUAAGUGGUGGUUGCAUGUACUGUAUGUCAAGCUAGCAGGCUUAUCAGUUAUCAGGCUAGAGAUAUGCGAAGGCUGGAGAGCUUGCAAGCUAACAGAAAACGGAGAACAGGAAAGGUUUUGAGCAUAUUUAGCUUUAGUUAUGUAAUGUGACGGGUGAUACAUACUACCAUACAAAAGUUUGAG